GCCGCGCCUGCAGGACUAGAAGCAGGAGCAAGAAAGGACCACCCGAAGGAAGUUUUAAAGUCAAAUGAGAAGAAAGGAAAAGAAAAGGAACUGCAACUGGUAGACGAGGAAAGAGCUAUUUUUAUAUCCGGCGCGACAAGUAGUAGGAACACAUCAAGUAAAAGCGCCGGCGCUGUUUCGACCUCGAGCAACAAGCGGCGCACAUCGAAGGAAAAGCUCAGCCCAAAGAGAAAAAAAGUUGAUACUAACGAGGAGCAUGAAACAAGAAUUGCUUCGGACCUUCCAGCUGAGAAUUUAAAUUUUGCCGGUCAGAGGACUACAACACUGCCCGGGAAGAUGAAGAGCAGCGUGAAUUUGAAUGCGUCCUCCAGCAGCUCUGCUGCCAUCAGUAAAAAUGACAUUCAGCAGUCAGGUGGCAAGGUCGUGGGGGGCGCCGCUGCAGCCCAGACAUCCUCCAAGGGCGGCGCGAGGCCGAACGCGAAGAGCGCUGGUAGUGAGGCGCAAAAUGCAGCUCCUUUCGCAGCAGGCGGUCGUAGUAGAAGCACGAAGAGCACCAGUUUAGCUACAGCACCGAAAAUAAAAUCCACCAAAUCGGCCGCCGCAUACUAA